AUGUCCUGGGCCGCAACUCGCGAUACAACGCGGGUUGAGGACCGGGCAUACUCUCUUCUCGGCAUAUUUGAUAUCAACAUGCCAAUGAUUUACGGCGAAGGAGAUAAAGCCUUCCGCCGCCUUCAGGAGGAAAUCGCUAGAGAAACCAACGACUUGUCUCUAUUUGCGUGGAGGGCAUGCCCUCAUUCCGAGGGAAAAUCACAGAUAUUUAGAGGGCUUUUUGCAACGUCUCCGAGCGAAUUCAGCUCCUGUGCCACCAUUACAAAGUCAGUUGCCAGGAAUGAUACCCAACAAGAGUUUUCUCUCACGAACAAGGGUGUUCAAAUCCAAACGAAACUAUUCAAGCAUGCGGACAAUGCCUACAUCAUGUCGCUUGGCCUCACAUUGGCAACCGGAAUUCCUGUCUGCAUCUCUCUUACUCGAACCACUGACAGAUUUGUUCGCAACGAGCCUUGGUCGCUGGAAUAUGAGCGGACUGUGACGAAUGCGGAUACCACUCGAGAAUUGUUCACCAUACACGUACGCAAAGACGUCAGUCCUCAAGAAGAUUCAGCCCUUCGUAAGAGGAUGCACAGGUCAUUUCGAAUUACCUUCGAACUCCCAGCAUCUCUUGAACUAGAGAUGGUUGUGCCGGAUCCUAAAUACUUAUGGGACAGCUUUCAUUUCACCUUCCUCAGCAACGAUUCUAGCAAGUCCUCGGCAGCAAGGCUCAAAAUCAUCAUUCGUGGGACUGAUGGGAAUUUCAGUGAGGAGUUCCCUUUGGUCCUCAUACUCGGCUGGACAAGGACACUUCAGAAGCCUUUCGCAGUCCUAUACGGUGCCACAAAAUCCGCAGAUACCGCGAGAGGGGCUGUCCGAGACGUACUUCCCACAGACUUUCCGGAUCUUAUAGGGGAUGACGUUGACUGGGGCCACGGAAGGCAGGACAUCUUCGAGAAUGCCGUGUCAACCGUUUUCUCAACUCCUCGAUUUCAAGCCAUGGAGGUUCAAUUCAUUAAUGCUAAGAUGAUGGUCCUACAUCGCGGCGUCCGCAAGAGCUCUGCAUAUGUGGCGAGGUUCCACGCAAAGUUGGAGAGCCGCUGCGAUGAUGCCGAUGUUAUCACCUACCACUAG